AACAACUGACGUUCACACAUGUUCUGUGAUGUUCGUGCUCAGAGCCUAUGGAUCCAUGCAUAGAUGACAGACUGGAUCAGAUAUUCAGAUCCACACCACCUGACAGCGGCCUGACGCAGCUCUGCAGCAGUCGGUAAACCACGUGACAGCUGAUCCAGCUUCCGGGAUCACAACGCCCACCAAGUGACUGUACAGCUGUUUCCGUGAUCCUCCUGGCUUCUUCUUCAGUUCCCCUCAGUGUCACCACAGCGUGAGUCUGGACCCGUCCGAGCCUGCUGCUGCUGCUGAUCCUCACAGGGCCGAGUUUAGAUCAUGUCUAAGAAGGGAGGAAACCACGGGGUGGAGUUUCAGGGGCUGGUGGAGGCGUCCAUCAUCCGGAUCCCCCCCCAUCACUACAUCCACGUGCUGGACCAGAACACCAACAUCGCCCGGGUGGAGAUCGGGCCGCUCACCUACAUCCGCCAGGACAACGAAAGAGUGCUCUUUUUACCGGUUCGCAUGACCAUGGUGCCGCCGCGUCACUACUGUGUGAUCUUAAACCCCGUGGCACGCGAUGAAGACAAGCAGGUCCUCUUUGACCAAUCGGGUCAGGCCAAACUUCGCCACGCUGACCUGGAGAUCCGUCUGACCCAGGAGCCGUUCCCCCUGUACCCCGGAGAGGAGAUCCAGCAGGACGUGACCCCGCUGCAGAUCGUGUAUCCGGACACGGCGCUGCGUCUGCAGGCUCUGCUGGACUUCGAGGAGAGCGGAGGAGAGAAGAGAGUGGCUGGAGACGAGUGGCUGUUUGAAGGACCGGGAACCUACAUCCCCAGGAAAGAGGUGGCGGUGCUGGAGACCAUCAAGGCCACAGUGAUCCGAGAGAACCAGGCCAUCAGACUGAGAGCUCGCAAGGAAGGAGUGGACAGGGGGGGAGUCCGCAGGGUCACAGGUGAGGAGUGGCUGGUCAGUAAGGUGGGAGCGUACCUUCCAGGUGCCCAUGAAGAAGUCAUCGACAUUGUGAACGCCUUCAUCCUGACUGACAAGAGAGCGCUUCAUGUUCGCGCCCUGCGGCCUUUUAAAGACGCCGGCGGGCGGGACCGCCGUACGGGGGAGGAGUGGCUCGUCACCAUAGCCGACCGGGAGGCUCACAUCCCCUCUGUGGCGGAGGAGGUGGUGGGGGUGGUGGACGUGACCACUCUGAGCAGCAGACAGUACUGUGUGAUCCUGGACCCGGUCGGACCCGACGGGAAACCUCAGCUGGGACAGAAGAGGGUGGUGAAGGGUGAGCGUUCAUUUUUCCUGCUGCCGGGUGAGCACCUUGAACACGGCAUCCAGGACGUGUACGUGCUGUCGGAGGAGGAGGGUCUGGUGCUGAAAGCUGUGGAGGCCUUCAACGACACAGAGGAGCGUGAGGAGGAGGAAGAGGCGGCAGAGGAAGAGGAGCUGAUGCAGGAGAGGGCGAAGCGCUCGCGGAGGAGCGGCGUCCUCCGUCGCCCCGGAGACCGCUGGAUGCUGCGGGGUCCCAUCGAGUACGUCCCCCCCGCCACUGUGGAGGUGGUGCUGAGACGACAGGCCAUCCCGCUGGACGAGAACGAGGGCAUCUACGUCCGGGACAUCAAAACUGGAAAGGUGCGAGCAGUGAUCGGUCACACCUACAUGCUGACCCAGGAUGAGGAGUUGUGGCAGAAGGAGCUUCCAGCGAACGUCGAAACCCUGCUGGCUUCUUCUCUGGACCCGCUGGCCAACCGCUCGGACCGGACCACGACCGGAGACAGCGGGCCGAGGGACAAGACCAAGGUGGUCUCCUACCGGGUCCCCCACAACGCUGCCAUCCAGGUCUACGACUACAGAGAGAAGAGGGCCAGGGUGGUGUUUGGACCAGAGAUGGUGAUGUUGGGACCUGACGAGCAGUUCACCGUGCUGUCGCUGUCCGGAGACAAACCAAAGAGGGCCAACGUCAUCAAGGCCGUCUGCCUCCUGCUGGGGCCCGACUUCUUCACCGACAUCAUCACCAUCGAGACGGCCGACCACGCCCGGCUGCAGCUGCAGCUCUCCUACAACUGGCACUUUGAUAUAAAGUCUCCAGCGGACUCUGCUGAUGCAGCAGCUCUGUUCUCAGUUCCUGACUUUGUCGGAGACGCCUGUAAGGCCAUCGCCUCCCGGGUCAGAGGAGCCGUCGCCUCCGUGCAGUUCGACGAUUUCCACAAGAACUCGAACCGGAUCAUCUGCUCGUCUGUGUUUGGCUUCGAUGAGAAGCUGGCGGUUCGUUCCAGCCUUCGCUUCAGCCAGAACAACCUGGUGAUCAGCAGCGUGGACAUCCAGUCUGUGGAGCCCGUGGACCAGAGGACACGAGACGCCCUGCAGAAGAGCGUCCAGCUGGCCAUCGAGAUCACCACCAACUCCCAGGAGGCCGCCGCACGGCACGAGGCGGAGCGUCUGGAGCAGGAGGCUCGGGGGAAGCUGGAGAGGCAGAGGAUCACCGACCAGGCCGAGGCUGAGAAAGCCAGGAAGGAGCUGCUGGAGCUGGAGGCACUCAGUGCUGCGGUGGAGAGUACAGGAGCUGCCAAGGCUGAAGCUCAGUCUCGGGCGGAGGCGGCUCGUAUUCAGGGAGAGGCAGCGGUCAACGAGGCCAGACUGAAGGCUGAAGCUCAGAGGAUCGAGGCGGAGGCGGAGCUUCAGCGGCUGGCGAAGGCUCGUGAGCAGGAGCUGAGCUAUAAGAAGGAGAUGGAUGGUCUGGAGGUGGAGAAGCAGAAGCGUCUGGCUCAGAUCGAGAGCGAGCGCUUCAGCCAGCUGGUGGAGAGUCUGGGCAGCGACACGCUGAAGGAGAUCGCCAGAGCCGGACCCGAGCUGCAGGUGAAAAUGCUCCAGGCUCUGGGGCUGAAGUCCACCCUCAUCACAGACGGAUCGUCACCCAUCAACCUGUUCACCACAGCCAACGGCCUGCUGGGGGCUCUGCCGGGACAGGGACAGGGACAGUGAGGAAGAAGACCAAGCAGCGAAGAGAGGGGAAAAUGUCCAAAAGUAAACCUCAACAGAUGCAAAUUUUUCUGACACACAGACACUUUAGUCAUCAGACACGUGUUUCUGAUGGGCGACGUUAAAGCAAGAUAAUGUGCCUUUUGCAGAUUUAAAGAUACGCUUCAUGGCUUUGUUAUAAAAUAGUGCAAAUCUCUGCAAUAAAAUCAACUCCUCCAACACAACAAUGUCUUCACUUUGUCAGGCAGAUAUUAAAAAUAAUACGGAUUAUUAAAAGCAUAUGCAUGUAUGUGCGUGCUGAAACAGCUGUUCAUCUUCGGUACUCCAGCGGAGAGUCAUCCAACAUUGUUUUACUGUAGGAACCCAACAUACCUCCUUCCACUUCACAACUCUGUACCUCUCCACCUACCAACACUGUGAUGACCAACACAUUAAAGCUGUGUGUUACUUUACAGAUUCACACUGACAAAAUCAGCCCUAAUCCCAUCUUUUGAAUAAACUGUCAAUCUAGUUUUUGCUGACCUCCGAUGGUUGAAAUUGUCACCUCACUUCAAUGAUGUAGCUUUAAAAAAGAGGUCAGGGAAACAGUCUUUAUCAGCCUGGCGUUACAUUACUCUUUCUGGAUGACUUUUGCACUUUCAGCUUUUCAGAAUAAAUGAGUACCAGAGGUUUACUUUUGGACAGAGAACCAGCAUUAAGACGUUGUCAUGGUGAAAACGUCGAAACAUCUCUGCUGCAAGUGAAGAAGAAUUGUGCCUACAAACAACUUGACAGUUUGUUUAGUCGUAUAAUCUGACAGCCAACGAUUUAUGUUUCUGCUUUGCACUACAUCCACUAGAAAUACAAGUAAACAGUUAAUGUUUCCAUAGUCGAAGUUAAACUUUCAUGUUUCUGUGCAGUGGAAGUAAAAUAAAAAUGUAUAGUCUGACUGCUUUUCUUUACCUAAGUGCUGUGUGUGUGUGAAGCCAUUAAAGUGCUGCUGCUGUCCA